ACAAAAACAAAAUCAUAAAAGAAAAAAAUAUGGGUAUCAGCAAGAAAAUGUUAAUCGCAUUUGUUCUCACUAUCUUCUUAGCCAUAUCUUCUGUUCGUUGCUCUGAUAGAACCUUUGGUUUUGGUAUAAAGCAAGAAUAUACAAAAUGUUACGACCUAAAGGAGUGUCAAAAACCCAAAUUUGACGAUGCUGCAUGCGAGAGGUUUUGUGGAGCUAAAAGCUUUUUAUUAUAUGGUAAAUGUGAUACUACGACAGGCCAGUGUUGUUGUAGGUCUAAGACUUAACUAAUCUAACCAAAAAAUGUAUCUGGUUAACAAAUAAGACCAUUGGUUUCUUAUGGUUUUGAUCAUCAAUAAAAAAAAAAAGAU